GAUGAUGAUGAUGACAAUGAUGACGAUGAUGAGGACGCAGCCGUGGCCGAGCGGUUCCUGGCCCUGGAGCGGGCUCUGUCCGAGCAGCUGCGGGCGCUGCCGCCCCCCGGGCCCCCCGUGUCCCUCGUGUACGCCCCGCUCGAGUACGCGUGGCUCCCGCACCGCCGCUUCGUGCGCCGCUACUGCCGCGGCCCCAAAGCCGUGCUGUUCCUCGGCAUGAACCCCGGGCCCUUCGGCAUGGCCCAGACCGGGGUGCCGUUCGGCGAGGCGCGCCACGUCCGCGAGUACCUGCGGGUGUCGGGCGCGGUGCGGAAGCCCCGGCAGGAGCACCCCAAGCGCCCGGUGCUGGGGCUGCGCUGCCCGCGGGCCGAGGUGAGCGGAGCCCGGUUCUGGGGUUUGAUCCGCUCGCUGUGCCCCGAC